CCAGCUGCCGUUGCCGCCGUACUGCACUGGAGCCACAUAACACACCUCUUUGAAAAUGAUCGUCAUUUUUCUCACCUCUCAACGUUGGAAAGGGAGAUGGCUUUUCGCACUGAAAUGGGAUUGUAUUAUUCCUACUUCAAGACUAUUGUGGAAGCACCCUCGUUUUUGAACGGAGUGUGGAUGAUUAUGAAUGAUAAGCUGACUGAAUACCCCCUUGUUAUUAAUACAUUAAAAAGGUUCAAUCUUUACCCUGAGGUCAUCUUAGCCAGCUGGUACCGAAUUUAUACCAAAAUAAUGGACUUCAUUGGCAUUCAGACCAAGAUCUGCUGGACGGUCACCAGAGGGGAAGGACUCAGUCCCAUCGAGAGCUGUGAAGGAUUGGGAGAUCCUGCUUGCUUUUAUGUUGCUGUCAUUUUUCUUUUAAAUGGACUGAUGAUGGCAUUAUUCUUCAUUUAUGGCACAUACUUAAGCGGCAGCCGGUUGGGAGGCCUGGUCACGGUGCUCUGCUUCUUCUUCAAUCACGGAGAGUGCACCCGCGUGAUGUGGACGCCGCCGCUCCGCGAGAGCUUCUCCUACCCGUUCCUCGUGCUUCAGAUGUUGCUCGUGACUCACAUUCUCAGGGCCACGAAACUCUAUCGAGGAAGCUUGAUUGCUCUGUGCAUCUCCAAUGUGUUCUUCAUGCUCCCGUGGCAGUUCGCUCAGUUCGUACUUCUGACUCAGAUUGCAUCAUUAUUCACAGUAUAUGUUGUGGGAUACAUUGAUAUAUGCAAAUUACGGAAGAUCAUUUAUAUACAUAUGAUUUCUCUUGCACUUUGUUUUGUUUUGAUGUUUGGAAACUCAAUGUUAUUAACUUCUUAUUAUGCUUCCUCUUUGGUGAUUAUUUGGGGUGUGCUGGCAAUGAAACCACAUUUUCUCAAAAUAAAUGUAUCUGAACUUAGUUUAUGGGUCAUCCAAGGAUGUUUUUGGUUAUUUGGAACUGUCAUACUCAAGUAUUUGACAUCUAAAAUCUUUGGCAUUGCAGAUGAUGCCCAUAUUGGCAACUUACUAACAUCAAAAUUCUUCAGCUACAAGGAUUUCGAUACUUUACUGUAUACGUGUGCAGCGGAGUUUGACUUCAUGGAGAAGGAGACUCCACUGAGGUACACGAAGACACUGCUGCUUCCAGUGGUCCUUGUGGUGUUCGCUGCGAUCGUCAGGAAGAUCAUUAGUGACAUGUGGGGUGUCUUAACUAAACCACAGACUCAUCUAAGAAACCACCAGUGUGAGCACGGAGAGCUGGUGUACCAUGCACUGCAGCUGGUCGCGUACACAGCCCUCGGUAUUUUAAUCAUGAGACUGAAACUCUUUCUGACACCACACAUGUGUGUCAUGGCUUCGCUAAUCUGCUCGAGACAGCUCUUUGGAUGGCUCUUUUGCAAAGUACACCCGGGUGCUGUUGUCUUUGCUCUGUUAGCAGCAAUGUCGAUACAAGGUUCCGCAAAUCUGCAAACCCAGUGGAAUAUUGUAGGGGAAUUCAGCAAUUUGCCACAAGAAGAACUUAUAGAAUGGAUCAAAUAUAGUACCAAACCAGACGCGGUGUUUGCGGGCGCCAUGCCCACGAUGGCGAGUGUGAAACUCUCGGCACUUCGGCCCAUUGUCAACCAUCCACAUUAUGAAGAUGCAGGACUGAGAGCCAGAACGAAAAUAGUGUACUCGAUGUAUAGCCGGAAAGCAGCUGAAGAAGUGAAGCGAGAGCUGGUCAAGUUACAAGUGAAUUACUACAUCCUGGAAGAGUCGUGGUGCGUGAGGAGAUCCAAGCCCGGCUGCAGCAUGCCCGAGAUUUGGGAUGUGGAGGACCCCGCCAACGCUGGGAAGCCGCCCUUAUGUAACCUCCUGGUGAAGGACUCCGAGCCGCACUUCACCACCGUGUUCCAGAACAGUGUUUACAAAGUCUUAGAAGUGAUAGAAGAAUGACCGCGGCCUACAGAGAAGGGCAUCACUCAUGGUUUUAACGUUUUGCUAAUAACUCAUGCCUUGUUUUUAAGCAGAUCCCAAAAACUUUUAUAGCUAACUGUUUUCAAAUAGGACAGUGUUUUAUUUGGUCGAUUCGAAUGUCAUUCUGAUUGUAAAAGUAUGUAUACCACUAUGAAUUGGGUACUAUUCAAUGCACCCCUUAAAAUUUGCUAUGCAAAUGAGUAUAUGCUUGUAUUUGACUUAAACAUUUGUGCUAAAAGGAGCAGAGCUACCUGUCUACAAAAUAAAUAGGUGAUGACAAAGAUG